GAGCUGUUCAAUUGCUUUUGUAUUUGCAUAUUAGAACUCCUAAACACCUGUUUUAACCUUUUGUUGUACCUUGAGGCUUGUACUCGAGGGGUGAUCAUCUGUAUGUAUGUUGUUCUUGUAGUGGGGAUUGCAUUUGCAUUUGACUUCUAUCUUUUGUGAGCUUGACAUUUGAUUUUUGGGGUUACAUAUGUUACUAAAGAAAUAUCUCCUGCUAGAAAUAUCUACACCGAGUAAUAAAAAUAUAAUAAACAAGUAUAUUGUUAUUAUUUCCAAGUUCUUGUUUAUAGUAGUCCAGCUACUGAUAUAGCUGUUUCUGUUACCGAUCCUUCUCAAUGCGAGGUAAUUGGACUGUUUUGCCCUGUAAGAGUGCAUGCACGGUAAGCUAUGGACAGGUUGCCAGGUUGGCAGUCAUUGGAUGUGAAGCCUCUUUGUUCUGUUUCAUAUGAGGGAUAUAGUCUGUCAGAGUCUUUUGCUAAUGAUGGUCUAACAAAUAGAGUGGGAAACAUGGUGGUGAUGGGUUUGCUGGUUUGGUUGUGCUCAUUCAAGGAAGUAGCAACAAAAUGGAAACAGAACUUACCAAUUGCACAUUCAAUUACAUGUGCGGGUGACAGUGGUGUACUAGUGCAGAUGAUAGAUUCUACUCAUGCUCUUGGAUUUAAAUUUGGAAAACAAAGUAGUUCUGUAUCUGCUGAAAUGAAAUCACUCAAGUCAUUUGGCUCAUGUGUUCAAAAAAGGAUAAUAAAGUGUAUGCGGGUCAACUCAUCCUACCCAGCCUGUUACAAAAUUCGGCCAAUGCUAUAAGAGGACCAGUUUUAUUCAAAACUCUUUUUAUCCAUUACCCAACCAGCCUUUUUUACUUGUGAUAUCAGUAUAGUAAGCAUGUUUUUGUAGACAUGUACAAUAGUUUCCAAGGACCCUCUCUUGUGAACUGAAUAAGAUAAAGGUGCCUAUUGUA